AGGCGCUGCAAGUACCAGUGUUUGUUAUAUCCGGCCGGCGCCUUUACUUUUUCUCUCCGCCCCCCCCUUUCCGCCCGCCUGUCCUCUCGAAACCGCCGCGGUCGGUGCUGCUAUCGCCGCCGUCGCUUCUGUGCGCGCCCUCACUGCCCUCUGUGCGCUGUCCGGCAGCGCCUCCGAUAUCCCCGGCUGCCCCAUGAAGCGAUGGCAGCGGCCAACUUCAGCAAGGUUCACAUAGGGAUCUAUGUGGAGAUCAAGCGCAGCGAUGGCCGAAUUCACCAAGCUAUGGUAACAUCUCUAAAUGAGGAUAAUGAAAGCGUAACUGUUGAAUGGAUUGAAAACGGAGAUACUAAAGGCAAAGAGAUUGACUUGGAGAGCAUAUUUUCACUUAACCCAGAUCUUGUAUCUGAUGAAGAUAUUGAACCUAGUCCAGAGACACCACCACUUACUUCAGCAGCUAAAGUAAACAAAAUUGUAAAGAGUCGACGAACUGUGGCACUUAUUAAGAAUGACACUCCUGCCAGAGAUAACAGAGUGGUUGGUUCUGCACGCACACGGUCUACUCAGCUUCCUGAACAAUCUUCUUCCUCACAACAGAAUGGUAGUUUUUCAGAUAUAUCGCCAGUUCAAGCUGCAAAAAAGGAAUUUGGACCCCCUUCACGUAGAAAAUCCAAUUGUGUAAAAGAGGUUGAAAAACUGCAAGAGAAACGUGAAAAAAGAAGGUUACAGCAGCAGGAACUUAGAGAAAAAAGAGCUCAGGAUGUUGAUGCUACAAACCCAAAUUAUGAAAUUAUGUGUAUGAUAAGAGAUUUCAGGGGAAGUUUGGAUUAUAGACCACUGACAACUGCAGAUCCUAUUGAUGAGCACAGGAUAUGUGUUUGUGUACGAAAACGACCACUCAAUAAAAAAGAAACUUUAAUGAAAGACCUUGAUGUAAUAACAAUUCCUAGUAAAGAUGUUGUGAUGGUACAUGAACCAAAACAAAAGGUGGAUUUAACAAGGUACCUAGAAAACCAAACUUUUCGUUUUGAUUAUGCCUUUGAUGACAUGGCUCCUAAUGAAAUGGUUUACAGGUUUACAGCUCGACCAUUAGUAGAGACUAUAUUUGAAAGGGGAAUGGCCACUUGCUUUGCUUAUGGACAAACAGGCAGUGGAAAAACCCAUACUAUGGGUGGUGACUUUUCAGGAAAGAACCAAGAUUGUUCUAAAGGAAUAUAUGCACUUGCAGCUAGAGAUGUCUUUUUAAUGCUAAAGAAGCCAAAUUAUAAAAAGUUAGAACUUCAAGUAUAUGCAACCUUUUUUGAGAUCUAUAGUGGUAAGGUUUUUGACUUGUUGAACAGGAAGACAAAAUUAAGAGUGUUAGAAGAUGGCAAACAGCAAGUCCAGGUGGUGGGAUUACAGGAACGGGAAGUCAAAUGUGUUGAAGAUGUUCUUAAGCUUAUUGAAGUAGGCAACAGCUGCAGGACAUCCGGCCAGACAUCUGCAAAUGCACACUCAUCUCGAAGCCAUGCAGUGUUUCAGAUUAUUCUCAGAAGGAAAGGGAAAUUGCAUGGUAAAUUUUCUCUGAUUGAUUUGGCUGGCAAUGAAAGAGGAGCAGAUACUUCUAGUGCAGAUAGGCAGACUCGACUGGAAGGUGCGGAAAUUAACAAGAGCCUUUUAGCACUCAAGGAGUGCAUUAGAGCCUUAGGCCGAAAUAAAUCUCAUACGCCAUUCAGAGCAAGUAAACUUACUCAGGUGCUAAGAGAUUCAUUCAUAGGAGAAAACUCCCGUACCUGUAUGAUCGCUACAAUUUCUCCGGGGAUAGCAUCAUGUGAAAACACUCUAAAUACAUUGAGAUAUGCAAAUAGGGUGAAGGAAUUGAUGGUUGAUCCGAGUGCUGCAGGAGAUAUCUGUCCUAGUAUACACCAUGCUCCCAAUCAGAUCGAUGACUUAGAGACACAGUGGGGUGUGGGGAGCUCUCCUCAGAGAGAUGAUCUCAAACUGCUUUGUGAACAAAAUGAAGAGGAAGUUUCUCCACAGUUGUUUACUUUCCAUGAAGCUGUGUCACAAAUGGUGGAAAUGGAAGACCAAGUAGUAGAAGACCACAGGGCUGUCUUCCAGGAAUCUAUUAGAUGGCUGGAAGAUGAAAAAGCUCUUCUUGAGAUGACAGAAGAAGUAGACUAUGAUGUGGAUUCUUAUGCUACCCAACUUGAAGCAAUUCUAGAGCAAAAAAUUUAUAUUCUGACUGAACUUAGAGAUAAAGUGAAAUCUUUCCGGGCAGCUCUACAAGAGGAGGAACAGGCCAGUAAACAGAUCAACCCAAAAAGACCACGUGCCCUUUGAAAGGAGGCCUCUGCUGCUAAAGGAAUCUAUGAACCUGUACUGCUGUAGGACACAUAUGUUACAAAACCCAGUGGUUGGAAGAACUCAACUACUUGAAAGUGUAAAAAUGUUAAAAAUGUCCUGUUUAUUACUCAUCUGAAUUAUAUUUUCAGUUUUGUGUGAAAUGCUCCUAUGAUGUCUACAAAAUGCUUCUAGACCAGACAGUACAACCAUGCAGGGUUCAGAUCUGUGAAGCACUUUGUUUAAAAUAUUUCAUUUAUUCAAAUUGUAAAUUUUAUGUUUGGAAAUAUUUGCCAUGUUUUUAAUAAUGAAGUAGAACUCUGACAAUUGAAAAGUCACAGUAUUUACUUUUAACUAUGUUCAGUUUUGUUAUAAAGACCAGUUGUGCAGUUUUAAAUUGUGUUUGCUGCAUGUGUACCUCACUAGUGGUUUUACAUGUCUUCUGCAAACAGCUGUGCUUACUUCUUCCCAUUCUGUGCCUUGAUGAAGGCUACUUAACCCUAAACAUCCUCUUUCUGAAGCACAGCCUUAAUAAACAGCAUUCAUAUUUGUCAAUAUAAAUUGCUUUUAGUGUGUGUAUAUUUUUAAUGCAUUUUGAGACUUGUUUUUGGUGGCUAGUGCAUUUCACAGCAUGUGCUAUAUCCUUCAAACAGGAACUGCAAGAACUGUUAGAGUGAACAUACAGCUGGACUUUCCAUCCUGUUUGUAAACAAUCUGAAAUUUAGGUUUAUUUGAAUACCAUAAAGAAUAGCUAUAUAAUUAUAACAUUUUCUCUGUAAUUAAAAAAGAAAACACACAAAAAAUAAAAACUAACAAAGAAAUACAUUGGUUGAUGUAUAACAAAGGGUAAUGUUGAAGUACUGAGGAGAGUUGUACCUUAGAGUAAUACAGAUAGAUAUACAGUGUGUGGUAUGGUGUGAUAAUGCUGUCAGAAUAAAGGUACCAUCUGACCUCUGCAUAUGAAUAAGCCUACUGUCAAAAUUCAGGGAUCCAGCUAAAGAAAUACAUAUUGGCCUUUCACAUAUUGUUAAAAUUUGGCUUUUGAUGCAUGACUAGCUUAUAUGUACAUUAACUGUAGUUUGCAGAUAGUUUAAGUAGCUCUGAUUCUUUAAAAAAAAGUAGCUAAUGCCUAUUUUUCCCUUUGUACAUUACCAGCAGCUGAAAAGUGAGGUGAAAUUGCAUAAUUUGAGGAUUUGCACAAUAUCUCUACCUAGUACUAGUAGAAAUCCAGUAAGUACCUGAAUUCUCACAAAAGGCACCAUAGGUAUCAGCACUUUUUAGGUGGUGGCACUCACAUUAUUUUUGCAAGUCAGUAUCCAAAAACAAUUAACCUUUUGUGUAAGAACUUCUUGCCAAAUUAAGAACUUUAGACCUCUCAGGGAGUUCUCCCCAUUUCCAGGAGUUCAUAUCAGCAGACUUUCCCUUGGAACUGUUUAAAAAUUACUUUUGUAAUUCAAACCUGUUUGUGCCAGGCCUGGAGAGAAAUAAAGGGAAGGCAAGGAAAAGAGUUUAAUGAGCCAGGAAUUAUUGUAGCAUUUAAUAUAUGUAUCUCCCAUAGGAAGGUAGGGUAUGGGAAGCUCUUGUUGCUUUGUGGUUAAAAAUCCUCUUGUGUGUAAACAUUUAAAGUGAA